CUCUUACUUAUUUGUUUACAUCUUUAAAAACAUAAGAGGGAAGAACAGAACUCCACAUUCAUUUCACAAAACCUUAUAUAUCCACACUUCUUUUUCAGCACAGAGCUGUGGCCAUGCUGAUGAGAACUAAAAGUAGAUAAAGAGAACAGAAUUUCUGUAAAGUCAACAGAGUAUUGAAUGAGCUAUGGAUGGAAAUGUCUGUCCAAAUAGGAUUGCGGAGAAUAGAAAGGAUAUUCUGACAACAUCACAUCUUGUGGAAUCUUCUACAUUAAAUAUACCAUUAGUGUUCUGUAACAUGAUUUCACAUUGGCCGGCCUCAUCAUGGAAACCACGUCAUCUGGCUAGAUUAUUGAAUGGGAAGACAGUCAUGUGUAGAUUGGGUUGUCUUCCUUGUUUUCAAGAAAGUUCAGAAAUCCAAUGGGAAAAGGAUAGUAUCCACCACAGUGUGUCCCUUGAUGACCUACUUGAUUGGGUCUAUGGUGAGGUAGCAACACCAACCCAGUUCCUACCUGAGUCUAUCUCACACUGCUCUCCUGACCAACUUUGGGCCUACAUUGACUACAAAUAUGUGAAGGAUGUUUUUGCCGAACAACCAGAGCUUUUCAAGGCUUUUGAUUGGAGUCCAUUUGGUGUUGGUGAACGUGAUGGCUACCAGUCCACUUUAUGGAUUGGCACCAGAGGUGCUCACACCUGCUGCCAUUAUGACACUUAUGGUUUCAACCUCGUGGCACAGCUUCAUGGAAGAAAGCGUUGGAUCCUGUUUCCUCCUGAAGACAGUGACAAGCUAUAUCCAACAAGAAUUCCUUAUGAAGAAUCCAGUGUAUUCAGUGAGGUUAAUAUAAAGACGCCUGAUAUUUGGAAGCAUCCAAAAUUUAAGGACUGCCAUCCAUAUGUGGUCACUCUUGAAGCUGGUCAAGUGCUGUAUGUUCCUCGACAUUGGUGGCAUUUUGUAGAAUGUCUAGAACUGUCCAUCAGUGCAAAUACAUGGGUAGAAAUGCAUGAAGAUAAUGAAAGCCGAGUAGAUGAAGCCAUUACAAGAUUGAUUUUUAGCAAAUGGUCUCAAGAUUGCCCUCAAGAUUUCAGAAUAAACCCAAAGGAGGAUUUGGAACCAGAAAAUGUGAACUUAGGUUAUUUAUCACAGGCACUCUUUAUGGCAGCUGAUUCAUCAGUAAAGGCUACUUCCAUAGAUUCAAGUGUUGAGUCUAGCAGCAAUAUUUCUGAAGAGGAAUCUACUGAUAAUCCAUCUCAUAUAAAAUUGCCUAACCAUCUUCAAAAUCUCUCAAACAGUAUAUGGAAUAUAGUCAGCGGAAAGAUUGAAAAUCUCCAAUCCCAACAUGGUAUUACUCACAAGAACCCAAAGAACCCAAAUCUUCAGAUAUCUCCUUCAGAUCAGGAUUCUAAGAAAAACUUUGAAGAUACUUCCGCUCUUGUUUCACACACAUUCAGCAAGUCGGCUGAACUGUCUCUAGAAGGAGAACAGAUCCCUAAAAAACUGAAGCUUGAUGUUGCAGAAAAGACUCCGUGUAUAUAUAAAAUAUCUCCAAGUUCCCUGGAAGGUUUUUUAGAUAAUCUUAAACAAAGAUCUCGGGAAAAGCAAUGCCGGAAGUGUCAUUGUUUGAAAGAUUUGCACCCGGUUUCAUUUGAGGAAGAUAAUAAUGACAAGACUGAAGAAUUGCUCAGUGUUAACCAGGGCACAUUUUUGAAAUGUCUGCUCAAACCUGAUGUUGUGUCAUCAAUAGGUCAUCAUUUAAGACAAUACAUCCAUCAUAGUGACUAUACAUAAAGUCUGUUUUGAGCCCAUCGUUCCAGGGCUUAUUUGCAUUUUUAAAGGCAUUUUAGGCUGAGUGUUCAAGACUGAUGCCUGAAUGGGACACUUGUCUAUUGCAGGUUAACCACCAGGUGCCUUUGUUACCCAUUUUCAACAGAGAGUACUGGUACUAUGUGAAAUAAAAGUACUUUGCUCAAAAAUACAACAUGCUGCCCAGUCCAAGAAUUGAGCUCUUGAGCUAUGUGUCUUCAUUCAUUGUACAUAAAUUAAUAAAUUAAGCUAUUUUU